AUGUUGCAGGAUAAUGCGGCUUUAGAUGGUUAUCGGUCAUAUUUACCGAAUAACCUUUGGCAGAUUCAAUGGCAACAAGUACCAACUGCAAUUUACGAUAAAUGCCCAGUUUACGUCAAGACACAUACAUGGAUUGAGCUAUUGAAAGAUUAUCUACUUUUCCUGCUCUUUUAUAAGAUUAUAAAAAAGGUUCUUUACGAAUUGAAAUGGUAUGGAAUAAUAGGUUCGGCAUCAAGAAUAUACCGCACAUGUAUCGCUGGGGUAUUCCGAUGGCUACUAAAUACGACCAUAUUGAAGUCUUCUGUUGAAAAGGAAUUAAAGAAAGUAACGAUUGCUAUGGAGAGGGAGCUUAUAAAAAAUGAUGAGUCACUUGCGGAUUACGAGACCAUCCCCUUAAAGGGGCUAUCAGAGGAAGAGAUACUGGAAGAACUUGAUAAGCUGGACACAAUCAUCCCACACACAGAAUGGAAGGAGGGUAAAGUAUCGGGAGCAGUCUAUCACGGAGGCGAUGAGCUUAUUCAUCUACAGAGUGAAGCAUUCGAAAAGUACUGCGUCGCUAAUCAGCUACAUCCAGAUGUAUUUCCAGCGGUUCGUAAAAUGGAAGCUGAAGUAGUUUCGAUGGUCCUUAAUAUGUUUCAUGCACCUGCAGAUGCAGGAUGUGCUACCACCAGUUCUGGUGGAACUGAAUCACUGCUCUUGGCAUGCUUAAGUGCGAAAAUGUAUGCGUAUCACGAGCGUGGUAUCAUUAAACCUGAAAUGAUUGUUCCUGUUACUGCACAUGCCGGGUUCGAAAAGGCCUCAUACUAUUUCGGUAUCAAGAUCCACCAUGUUGAGGUCGAUCCAAAUACGUAUCAAGUGAAUUUGAAAAAAGUUAAAAGUUUUAUCAAUAGGAAUACUGUUCUAUUAGUUGGCUCAGCUCCAAACUUCCCACAUGGUAUUGUAGAUGAUAUCGUGGGUCUCGGUAAUUUAGCUACAAGAUACAAUAUUCCAUUGCAUGUUGACUGUUGUCUAGGUUCCUUCAUUGUCGCUUUUAUGCAGAAGGCUGGGUUCAAUGAUUUGCCGCCAUUUGAUUUUAGAGUUCCGGGCGUAACUUCAAUAUCCUGUGACACUCACAAGUACGGAUUCGCUCCAAAAGGUUCUUCCAUUAUCAUGUAUCGCAAUAGUGACUUAAGAAAACAUCAAUACUAUGUGAGUACUGAUUGGACGGGAGGCCUCUAUGGAUCGCCAACGCUGGCCGGAUCCCGUCCUGGCGCUUUAGUUGUCGGUUGUUGGGCAACAAUGGUACAUAUUGGGGAAGCAGGCUACAUAGAUUCAUGCAGAAGUAUUAUCAAUGCAGCCAGAAAGCUGAAAAAUUGUAUAAUGCAGGAAGUGCCAGAUUUAGAAAUCAUUGGUGACCCCGUUUGCUCUGUAAUUGCUUUCACCUCUCAUACAAUUGACAUGUAUGAAUUGGGUGAUAGGUUGGCAAAGGAAGGUUGGCAUUUGAGUGCUCUACAAAAGCCACCAGCUCUUCAUCUUGCCGUUACCAAGUUAAGCGUGAAUUCGGUAGAUCAAUUGAUCACUCUAUUGAAAGAUAUCACCAAAGAACUGCGCGAUGACCCCAAUUCCAAACCUUCAUCUGAUGGUACAAGUGCCUUAUAUGGCGUAGCGGGUAGCGUGAAAUCUACUGGUAUUGCAGAUAAAAUUGUUGUGGGCUUCUUGGAUACUUUGUAUAAACUAAAACCCUCAGAAUGA